AAUGUGUUGUUGAGUGCAUACAUAAGGUGUAAAUUGGUGUCGUGGACCGUUUUUUCGUCAACAAAGACUGUCAUUUUGAUACCAAGAAAGGUGCUUCAAGAAUGGCGUCCCCCACAUGUGCCGCCUAUUGAAUUUCUUCGUCGUUGGGAAUUUUAGAAAUUGAUGACGUGAGCUCAAUUGCUGUGAGCAAAGGUGCAGAAGUGCGAAUCUCCAGGGCUCGCUGUGGGAAGUCUUUGCAGUCGCUACAGUCGCCCUGAAAAUUUUCAAAUUGGUAUCGCCCUUGCACUGCUUGUAAAUAGAGGCUGUAAAUAUUUAGGCAGUAAAAGAUGAGUUUGGGUGCGCGCGCCACCAAGGGUGGUGCGAAGAAGGAGGGCAAGGCGGACAAGGGCAAGCCCGCAGACAAGCCCACCCCCAAGGAAAAGACAAAACCACAGGCCACCACAGAACAACUUCGUAUGGCAAACAUGAUUGAUUGCAAAAGUGAGGAUGCCUCUGACGUACGACGAAUGGUCACUGAACUGAUGGAGAUGACGCGUCGCACGGAGGAGGAGGUUUGCUCAGCUCUGCACGACACCAACAACGACAUGGCCGCAGCCUGCAACCUGCUGUUCGAGGAGAGCCAACGGAUACAGGGCGAAUGGCAAACCAGAGAGAAGAAGAAAAAGAAGCCGCCGGCGGCCGCGGGCAACGGCGACGUGGAGCCGCCGCGAGAGGCGCCGCGCUCGCGCUCCGGGCCGCGCACACGACGCGGCGAAGGCGAGGGUUCAAUGCGUGGGCGGGGCUCCGGGCGUGGGCGGGGCGGCGCGCGCGGAGGUCGCGGCGCUGGGCGUGGCGCCCGGCGCGGCGGCACGUCGCGCCCGCACGCGCAGCGCAACGACGCCGACUGGCCGCACGCGCCCGACACCGGUGGCAACAUCGACUCCUUUCCCGCCACAGAAGAAUGGGACAACGAGGAGUGGUCCGGCUCCCUCUCAGACACCAAGGUGUUCACGCCGAGCGUUAGCGGGCAGAACGCUCUCACGGAUUCGGAACCGGCCCCCGUUGUUCCAUCUACUGAGGACUGGGAGUGUGGGGCGGAGGCGAACGGCCCGCGCGAGCCGCAAAUACCGACCUACACGUACCACAACACGCAGCAGCACAUACCUCAAAUGGGCAAUGCAAAUAACGUGGUGACCGGCGCUCCGCCCGCCGUGCCCAAGACUGAACCGCCCGAGACAUACGUGCCUCAACAUCAUCCGGUUCAGCCAAUGGGCAUGUCGGGCAGCCUGAGUGCGGCGCAGACGCAGUACCUGUCUCAGCUCACGCAACAGACGCAGCGUCACGACGCCAGUGUGUACACGAGUAACUACGGCGUGUACGGGGCUACGGAUAUUAGCACACAGCGGAAAACGCAGCGGGUCAGGGUGCCUCCGCCCUCAAAGAUACCAUCAACAGCGGUGGAGAUGCCGGGCGGUACAGAGAACAGUGGCAGCAUGUUCCUCGACGUGCAAUUCGGUGCUUUGGAGCCGGAAGCGCUACAUGAAACGUCGCCCCAGUCAACGCACACGUCCCAUCCCGUGCAUCCUACGCAUCAAACGCACCCCGCACAUCCAACGCAUCCCACGCACCCAUCGCAUCCCGCGCACCCAACGCAUCCCGCGCACCCAACGCAUCCCGCGCACCCAACGCAUCCAACGCACCCAACGCACCCCACGGGCCAGCCCACGCACCCCGCGGUGCAGUCGUCACACCCAGCGGUACAGUCAUCGCAUCCAGCUGGACCGACGCACUCGACGGGGCAUUCUGUUCAGCAGCCCACAGGGACACAGCAGCCUACGACACCGGUACAACCCGCCAAACAGCAGGUGACGUCACAGCCGGAGCCGCAAUCUGUGCAGCCAAGCCAUGAAGCGACUGAAGCGCCUAGUAAUAGCUAUUCCAAUACAAACAGUAUGUUAAGUGAGAGCUUAUCAGCAGUAGAAACGGCGCCGACGAGUCAACCGGCCACGUCAGAGUCUGUAGUCACCAAUAGCUCGUCACUAGAAAAGCUAUCAGCAUCGAUGAAGCAGCUAGGUGUGACAGGGGUGUCGGGCGUGUCUGGAGUAUCAGGGGUGACUGGUGUGUCGGGGGUGACGGGUACUAAUGAAGUGACGCCACAGCCUCAGGCGCAUCACCAUUACGCGCACCACAGGCCUAAGACAGUGGGACAACAAAACGUGUACGCGGCACAUCACGCCGUGUCGCACCAUCCGCCUGUCUACGGAGCGAACGUCUAUGCGCCACAGGUGAACUCAACCAACGCAUCCAUGUCAGGCGCGUCCAUCGCCAGCGCGUAUCCGUCCAGCGUCACGCUCACACAGUACCAGCCGAUCAUUAACUCUUAUCAGCAGCAACAAACGUCGUCGACGUCGGCAGUGUCGGCGGCGGCGUACGGCGGCAGUGCGCUGUACACCGCGGCGCCCUACACCGCGCCGCCCGCGCACCCCGCCGCGCCCUACCACCACCCGCCCAAACACCACAAGGAGACCACGCAACAGCCGCAGUAUGAAAAUAAUUCAGUUGCAUCAAGUAACAGUUUAACGAGUACGUCCACGACGCCGACGUCAACGGCCAAAGUUACGACCACGACAGUGAGCGGCGCGGUGAACUCGGGCGCGUCGUCGGCGUCCACGGGCAACUCGACGGGCGGCGCCAGUGCGGCGAACGCGGCGGGCUACGCGGGUGGCGCGCUGUACGGCGGCGCGUACGCGUACGACGAGCAGCUCAUGCGCGGCGGACUGCCGCACCACAUGGGUGGAUAUUACGAAGUAGGCUACGGCACGCGGGAGGGUACCUUCGGACUGGGAGCGGGUGAGAGGUUCGGUCGGACGGACGCCGCCUCACCACAACAGGUCCCGGCCGCUUUACCUCCUGGCUACGCGUACUUCUACCAACCACCUCCCACUACAUACCAGUACGGCGUGUCCUACCACCCUACGUACGGCGGUGGUUCGAGCGUGGGCGGUGUUGGCGGAGUCGGCGGAGUUGGGGGAGUGGGAGGUGUGGGCGGCGUGGGCGUAACCGCUGGCGGCAAGGUGUCAGCGUACUCGCAGCAGCAGCAACCGCCCUACGACGCGCAGGAUUCGUACAAACCAGGUGGACCAUACACAGCUAAUGCGAACAAAACGGCAGGUGCAGCGUCCGCGGAGUUAACCACUGCAAUGUACGCGAAGACUCACGUCGCGCUGAACAAGGUUAACAGUUACGAGAAGGCUGGAUUCCACAGCGGCACCCCGCCGCCAUUCGGGGCCGGCAGCCACCUCUACAUCCCCGCGCCGCCGCACCACCACCCGCACCACCACGCGCCGCAGCAGCACCAGAUGGAUGGUCGGGUGAACAGUAGUCAUAAUAGGCGGGAAAGCGGUUCUGGAGCGCGAACGGGUGCUGCCAAGCCGACGGCUAACAAGCCAACCUAUUCCUCGCAGUCCUACUGGACGCCCAACUAGCGCUCUGUUGCUCACUCGGCUCUCAACACAGAUAGACACGUGUACAUAGAAGGCGACCGCUAACCUCAACUCACCUGCCGACUGGCUCGGCCGAGCACGCUCCGGGCCCGGCACGUGCCCGCUCCGGGCUUGUGCACGCGUCUCUCACCUCACGUGUAAUCAUGUUGUGUCUACAGCCCCCGCGCCACGAGACACCCGCACCGUAGUAAGACUCGCUAACUCAUAAGAAUCACGCGCACGCAUGCGUCCGCAACGUCCUUUAGUUCUUGUUAUUAAGAUUCUCGCUCGCGGCGUUCUGACGCGUUUCUAAUGUGUCAAUUUGUAUCGAAGUAUUUAAAAGUAAUAAUUGUAAUUGAUAGUGUAUAGGUCGGAUUGUAAAUGCUCUCAUUAAUUAAAAAAAAAAGUUAUUAACUAAACGCGAGCGAACGCCGCGCGACUAGUUUAGUGUUACGUUUUUAGACGCGCACAGCUCGUGUGCAGCCCCUGUAUAAAGUAUAGCGUGUACGGACGCACGUGUGCGUGCUUGCGCGGAGUCUCGAGUGCGCGCGUGCGCACGCAUCCUUAAUUUUUUUUAUUUUAGUGAAUCGUGUAAGAAACCGCCCCUCCUGAUUCUAUGUUAUGUGCGUGAUAUAUUAUAUAACUAUACAUUAAAAAACAGACAGUUCGUGUAUCUAUUUAAACGUGUAACUGAUAUUGUAAAAUAAAAUGAAAGGUAAUAAUUGAGAAAAAGGUAAACUAUGUUAAUAUACUUGUUUUAUUUUGAAAUUCCUAGUGUAUUUAGGCGGCGGGGCGCGGCGUCUUUUUAGUAUACAUUUUUAUAAAACGCUGCGUAUGAACGCGAGAUUAGGUUAGUUAGCAAUUAUCCGGGUUGUUUUAAGGCGGGCACACUGGGGCCAAAUCGUUCGUGUUCCUGUGCAUUGCUCUUGGUGUGCCUCGGCUUAAGGCUCGCCGCACCCCGCCGCGCCUCGUUUUUGAGUCCGCUCCUUUAGGUUACAUUUUUCUUUAAAUAAAUUUACAGUAGUGCUACAUUUAUCGUUAUCUAUAAAAUAUGUAUUGUAUAUGUAUGUAAGUGUUUGGUGCGCUAUGCGCGCCUGGACGCCUGUAUUUAGUUGUCAUACUUUUUGUAAUUACAUAUUAUUAUUAAUAUUAUUAAAAUGACGUCAUAGUUCGUCGACUGUAAUGUAACAACGUAUUGAUAAUCGAGGUCUUUUUUAUCGUGAAAGAAUGCUGAGAUGAUCUCGCGGGCAUUUGAAAGUAUGAGGGAAAUACACUUAUUGGAACAAGA